AUGCUACUUUAAAAACUUUAAGCUACAUAAACAAAAGAAAAUGAAUAGAAAAAUAUGAUUCAGAAAUUAAAGUUAAUUCAUCAAAUUAAGAUGUAUCUUGAAUUUUUUAAUCUAGAAAAAUAAGAUAAUUGUUAUUCCUUAUCUUAUUUAACUGUAUUCUGCAUAAGUAAGACUCCUUAGAAUUAAAGGUUUAUUGGAACAGUUUUUAAAAUUCCGAAAUUAAACAUAAGACUAACCAUGAUUUGUUUAAACUUUGGUAACAGACACACGAAAAGUAAAAUAAAGUUUGAAGAGGAUUUAAUUAAUAUAUAUAAAAUAUAUUAAUCAUUUUGUGGUGUAAAUCUAAAGAACUUUCUACCAUCAUAGGUAUUGUACUUGCAGCCAAUCCUCUGGACCAUUUAUACUUACUUGAUUUUAGGAAAGUAAUAACUCAUGUAAAAAUAUGCUAAUCCUAGGAUAAGAGAUAGAAAAUUUUGGUUAUUGGCAUAUCCUUAUAAGGUGUAGGCUUGUUCUAAUUUGAUUUGUUAUACCACUUUGAUCCUUUUUGGGUAAUUCUUAUAGGAAGUUUGCUAGAUUGAUUGGUGGAAUAGUAUUUAUAUACUAUAUUUGAGAUAAAUAUUGAUUUCAUUUCCAGAAAACUAUUUAGGAUUUUACCUGUUUUAUAGCUUUAUUUAUAUUUUUAGUGAUAUUUCUUUUCUAUUUAUAGAAAAUUUUCUUGUAGAAGAUUAUAAAAAGUUAUAAUACUAAAAACUCAAACUAAGAUUGAAAAAACAAAAACCUCGCAUGACACUGUUUUAUGCAUUUAUUCCUUAAUUAUUUCCAAAAUUAAUUGAAAAAAUUUCAAAUGCAGAAGUCUCGAAAUCUAUUGGAUUCUAGGAAGUCCUAUAUAGAUUUCAGCCUUAGGUCAAUUGA